AUGUUGUAAGCAAAGGAAACAGUAGGUGGUGGUAUGUGCCUGAGUCUCUAAAGAAGAAGAAGAAGAAGAGGAACUCGAAUGUUAAAAGUGGAGCAUUGUGAAUUGAAGUGUUUUUCUACUUUAUUGUGUUGUGGGAAAUCAAACUAAGAUGUUCAUCAUGAGAGAGCAGGUGGAUGUGAUCUGUGCUGGAGAACAGCAGAUGCUGCAGACACCAGUGAAGAUGAAGAUGUGUUCAGUGAAGCUGCUGGACUGCAGGAAUCUGAUGAAGAUGAGAGGAGAAACCACAGCAAAACAACAACAGAGUGAUGAUUUUAUUCAUUCAGAUCUGAUGGAAGUGAAAGAGGAACAUCAAGAACUGAAUGAAGUGGAGGAGAAACGUCAGUAUCAGAAACAUCAUGAUUUCACAACUGCAAAAAAAUCUUUGUGUGUUUCAAAGACUAAGAAUUUCUCACCAAAAAAGCCUAAAAGAAAAAUAUCCAAGAAAUCUCUUACCCAUUCUCAAUGUGGAAAAAGUUUCACUUUUAAAAGCAACCUUAAUAUACACACGAGAGCUCGCACUGGAGAGAGGCCUUACACAUGCCAUCAGUGUGGAAAAAGUUUCAUUAUGAAAACAACCCUUGAUGUACACAUGAGAAUUCACACUGGAGAGAAGCCUUACACGUGCCAUCAGUGUGGAAGAAGUUUUGCACAUGCAACUAGUCUCAAUAAUCAUCUCCGCUGUCACUCUGGAGAAAGACCAUUUGAAUGUGAUCAGUGUGGUAAAACAUUUGUUUUGAAUUCAAGCUUAAAACUACAUCUGAAAACACACACAAAUGAGAAGCCUUACAAGUGUUCUUUUUGUGGAAAAAGUUUUGUAAACCCGUCCUAUUUUAAAGAACACCAGAAAAUACAUACCGGUGUGGGUGCUCAUAUGUGUUUUGAAUGUGGGAAGACCUUUAUUACAGCCAGCAUAUUGAAACAUCACCAAAGAAUUCAUACUGGAGAAAAACCUUACAAGUGCUCACACUGUGGAAAGAGUUUCAAUCAGUCAGAAACCCUGAAAGCACACGAGAGAAUUCAUACUGGAGAGAAACCUCACAAGUGCUCACACUGUGGAAAGAGAUUCACUUGGUCACAAAACCUGAAAACACACGAGAGAAUUCACACUGGAGAAAAACCUUACAAGUGCUCACACUGUGGAAAGACUUUUACUCAGUCACACGACCUGAAAACACAUGAGAGAAUCCAUACUGGAGAGAAACCUUACAAGUGCUCACACUGUGGAAAGAGAUUCGCUUGGUCACAAAACCUGAAAACACAUGAGAGAAUCCAUACUGAAGAAAAUCCUUACAAGUGCUCACACUGUGGAAAGACUUUUACUCAGUCACACGACCUGAAAACACACGAGAGAAUCCAUACUGGAGAGAAACCAUACAAGUGCUCACACUGUGGAAAGAGUUUCACUCAGUCUCAAAACCUGAAAACACAUGAGAGAAUCCAUACUGGAGAGAAACCUUUCAAGUGCUCACACUGUGAAAAGAGAUUCACUUGGUCACAAAACCUGAAAAGACAUGAGAGAAACCAUACCACUGCUCUUCAUGUGGGAAAAGUUUCAACCAAUUAGAUCAGCUACAGAAACAUGUAAAAAAGGUAUUGUCCAAGUGAUCACGGUGAUUAAAAAUGACCUUAAUGGAAACAAAUGUAUAAUUUUUUUUCUGUCUUUGCUGUUGACUAAAACUGUUGUUUCAGUAAAAAUAAUCCUUUAGCCUUCAUAUUCAGUUGUCCACAGUUCUUGAUGAAUAGCCUCCAGGUUUUGAAGGGUCUUUGGUUUUAUUGCAUGGUGAAUGUUGCAUUUUCUUUUGUAAAGUAAAAGCUAAACUGGAUAUAGUUUUUAUAAACAAAAUGUUGUAACUGUACAGUGUAAUUUUCAGUUCCCUUUCAUGUCACUCACUUGACGUUACAUAGAUGAUACGACGGUAGGUGUCGCUCCUAAUUGAUUAAGGGUUAAAAGGAUGUUUUGGUCAUUGUUGACUAUUUUUCAAAGUAGGUUGUAACACCACAUCAGAAACAGCACUAGGGAAUUGUUGGGGGAAAACACUAAGGAAGACAUUGCUUUAAAGUUCUAGGGAUUCAAUGUUAUUUCCAUUGUCUAGUUUUUUUUUUAUACAUGACUGGUGAAAUAUGGACUAACAUGGGAGAUACUCUUCCAUUAGUUAUAUUAAUAUCUGCUCUGCUAAUUUAUAAUUGGGCUGAGUUGCCAGGGUCAUAUUGAAAAGCUGCUUGCUAGCCCGAGUUAAAAGAGCCCAACCCCAUGUCUCUAUGAUAAUUCUGGUGCUGAGAAAUAGGUGUUGCUACGCGGUUGCUAGUGUGCUCUUGAAGAUUGCUAGGGUGUAGGCUGAUUCUUAAUGUCUGCUUGUGAGUCAGAAGAGCAAUCUAAUUAUUGUUUACAUAGUUUCUGCUAAAAUACCAUAAUUACUGCAAUUCUUAUUACUAGUCCUUAACUUUUACAUUCAUAUGGUAAGACUUUCAAACUAUAUAAGAAGCUUAUAGAAUCUUUGUCUUCUGAAUAAUACCUCGCUACCACAGUGUUAUUGUAGAGACACCUGUAAAUAAAAACUACUUUUUUUUUUCUUUUUUUUUUUUUUGGCAUCAACUAUACAGCAGUUGCCUUGGUACAUGUAUGUAGGGGCAACAAAAUAUGAUGCUUUGAGAAAAAAGUUAUAUCUUUUUCCAGUUUAAACAAUGUAAUUGAUUUAUUUGUGUCUUAUCGAGUUAAAACUUAUUUUAUAUAUAUAUAUAUAUAUCUAUCUACAAUUUGAGAACGUGUUUGUAUUCAUGUUCGUGUUUUUAAGUUUUAAGGUUUUGAAAAAAAUAUUUGUCAUAAAAUUGUAUAAAUAAAUGGAUAUAGCAAAUACAGUAUAUUGUACGGUGUUGUAUGUGAAAAUGUGAAAGCGUUUUAAUCAUAUUUAUAUAAAUAAGUUACAUUUUGAAUAUUGUUGAACUUUGAAUAUUUCUAUAUCAACUUGUCUUGUCUGGUGUGUGUAAACAUAUUGUCUGAUGUCACGAUUAAAGCCCAUCAUUCAUAAUCUGAG